AUGGCUGGUAAGCAGAUCCACCCAUCACAUGCAGACGGCGUUGCGCUGGUUUUACCAGACCGCGUCGUCUCAUGCUGAAACAAAACCAAGAGAAACCACAUACUGACAGCGACACAGAUGAACCGCGGCGCUCCGGUCGAGCGACCAAGGGACAGCAUAAGAAUGCAUCCUCUUCCCCAGCGCCCAACCCUAAACCCACCAAAGCAGCUGUGAAGAGCAAGCCUGCUGCUGAAAAGCCCAAGGCGAAGUCCAAGUCGAAAUCGAAAGAGCCUGAACCACAAAGCGAUGAGGAUGAGGACGGCGACAUCCGCUGUAUCUGCGGCGAUACUGAUCCCGAAGACAAGCGCACCUUCAUUGGGUGCGACGCGUGCACGGUUUGGCAGCACAGCGUGUGUAUGGGCGUGCCUGAGAACGAUGCCGAUGUCCCGGAUCACUACUUCUGCGAGGAGUGCAGACCUGAGGAACAUGCAGAAACCGUUCAAGCCUUGGAGAAUGGCGAAAAGAUCUGGGAGACGCGAAAUAGGAUAUACCAGAACGAGAAGAAGAUGAGCAAAAACCGGAAGAGCAAGAGCAGAGGCGACAAUGGGAAGCCAGGCUGGCUCAAGAAGGACAACUUCGUCAAGCCUGCCGAGCCUGAAGCAGAAGCAACCGAAGAUCCUGCCCCAGCAAAGGAACAGACUCCACCAGCGACCAAUGGCGAAAAGGAGACGGCAGGCAACAAGCGAAAACGAGAGGACACUAAGGAGGAAGAGGAGCAGCCGGCCGCUGCAGAAGAGAAGCCAGCGCGAUCUGGUAGGCAGGACAAGAAGAGGAAAUCUGCUGCUGCUUCCGAGAGCAAAGCCGCCGCUUUGCAGGACACAGAUACAGCGCUGGUGAAGAUUGAGAACUUACCUAAAGACCGUCAAAGCGUCGCGCAAGCGCUGAAUAAGAUCAUCACAGCAGAUCUCAAGCAGCGUGUCAGCUCCGGCGUGCAGUUUCCUUCCAGAGGCACUCCAGAGCAGUUCGGAGAGCAUCACGCGGCAAGGAUCGAGUACGCAAUGCACAUGAACCAUACAUCGGGCUCGCCGGCCUACAAGCAGCAGUUUAUGGCCUUGAACGCGAACCUGAAGAAGAACAAAAUACUCAUUGAGCGGUUGAUGGACGGCUCGCUGACGGCAGACGAGCUCUCAAUCAUGCCCAGCAGUGACAUGGCGAGCGAGGAGCAGCAGCGCGAACGAGCUGCUAUGAAGGAAGCUCUUGACCGCCAGGCCAUCGCGGUACAGGAGGAGGGACCAAAGUACAAGCAAGAUCACAAGGGCUUCCAUCUGAUAGAGGAUGGUGCGCACACUGACGGAGCUGCGGAGGCCCAACCGGCUGCGGCGAGAAGUAGUGUUUCACGGGCUCAGGCUGGCUCCCCUGCCAAUCAAGCGCCACUCAUCAUCGACACCAGCAAGCAAACAGACGCGGCACAGGACCGUCGUCCCUCAAGUCAACAAUUUGACAUGAACAACAUCUGGGCGAAGACGGCACAAUCACCGACUAAUACUGCCGGACCACGCCCGGCCGCACCUCCUGUCCGUCGUCCAAGCUCUGCUCAGACUGCCCAUAAUAAUGGAGCUAAGGACGAUCCUGACAUUGAUCGGAUGCUUGAAGACGACGAUGGCUCCUACUCGCCUACGGCUGGCAUAGGCACGGAUGCUGUGGUCUGGCGUGGAAAGCUGAUCCAAGGGCAACGCGAAGAAGAAUCACCCACCGUGAACGCUCGCUUUGUCGCUGGCCGUGACUUAGCAUCUACUGUAUCGUGGCAAGAUCUCCUUCCAAGUAAGCUCUCAAUCGAUGGGCGACUCGCAGUUGCCAAGGCCGAGGAGUACCUGUGUGGACUGAGAUGGAGCCACACCAGCGACGUGGCAGUCCUCGCACUCACACCGUACGACAAUGCGGAGGCUUUCAACAGUCUGUUCGAUUAUUUCAAGAGUCGCGAGAGGUACGCGGUCGUGGAGAAGGACAAGCCCUCAAUGGUCAAGGACCUCUACAUCAUUCCGCUCGACAACGAAACAAAGUUUCCUGAGCAUGUCGAAAUGCUGGAGCAUUGCACAAUCAAGAAGCCGAUCGAAGACAGGAUGCUGCUGGCUACUAUGGUGGUCGCGCGUGCACCAAACUCGCCUCCUCAGGAUGGCACGCCUUCGCAGCAGCCACCGGCGAAUGGCCACCUUCCACCGCACGUUAGGAACAGCAUCGGUGGUCCUGCUGGCUCGCCGCUCAACACACAGAAUGCAACUUUCCCACUGCCUCAGGCCGGUGCGUAUACCUAUUCCCUUACACUGCUGGACUACAUAUGCUGACUUUCUAUAGGCUACGGUGCACCGCCUUCACAAGGCAGCAUCCCGCCAAACCCCUACAGCCCCCAACUACCACAGCAACAAGUAGUCUACCCUAUUCCUGGAUUGACUCAACCUCAGGGACUUCAACCGCACCCGAACCCGGAAGUUACUCAGAUCCUUGGUAACCUGCAAUAUACUCCGUCGGCGCAGAGGAUCCUUAAUGAGGCGCAGACUGUUACAACGGAGCAGCUGAAUAACCUCAAACUGAUCUUGGAGGAGGACAUUGUCGCUAGGACCGAUUUCAACCAUCUGACGAACAAGCUCUUCGCACAGCGAUCAUCGUAG